AUCUGCUCUUCACAUGCAAAUACACCGGAGAAAAGUAAUAGCAAAACCCGGGACAUUUCAAUAACGCUGUGACCCACGGUAUGCAGGCAGUAUCGGGUAUACGCAGGCGAGGCCGGGUGCACGUGGUUCCGUCAGCUCUCCAACCUUGUCCCCUUAACUUGACUCCUCUCACCGACCGCCGUUACAAUUGCAGGUCGAUGAAAUCAAGGUAGCCCUACCAAUCUUCGCCACCAACAUGUCGCACCGACUUGAAGCCGACGAUAGCGGGAUAGUUCUGACAGACACAGCCAUCGAAGACAUAAAGGCCGACGACAUCUGUCCCCUCUGCCACGAACUCCUCUACAGACCCAUAACCACAACCUGCUCCCACACAUUCUGCGAAUCGUGUUGGAAGCAUUGGGGGGAUGUUUCGUUGGGGCAGGUUGAUGGGGAUGAGAUUGUUAUGAUGGAAAUUGAUGAGGAGGAGGAGUUUUUGGUUACGUGUCCGUUGUGUAGGACGAGGACGCGGUCGAGGCCAGCGACGGAACGCACGCUACAGCUCCUAGAAAUGUACCCAGCGACCUCAGGAAUCCGACAACGAGAACUCGCCGAAGAAUACGAAACCGACACCGACGCCGACUUCGCGGCUCAAGAAUCCUCCGGCGAGUUAGUCUCAAUCUACAUUGGCAAUACCCACCGCCCAAUCACUCCCCGCCCCUCCUCCGCAAACGCUCACGAAUGGACCUUUUUCCUCCGAACUUCUCACGCCCACAUUAUCGAUCACGUCCACAUUCGUCUCCACCCAACUUUCCGACCCCCGGAAGUCGUGUUCUACGACCCUCCAUACGAAGUCCGACGGAUAGGGUGGGGGGUGUUUGAGAUUAGAGCGUUUGUGGUGUUAAAAGCUGGGUGGACGUGGGAUUGUGAGGAGGCGUUUGGGCCGGAUGGGGAUACGUUGCCGGUUGAGUGGAUGUUGGAGUUUGGAGGGGUGGGGAGGAAGGCGAGGUACAGGGUGCGGGUGAAGAGGACGGAGCAGCCGAUGGAUCCAUUCUAGGGGUAGGAGUAUGCAGAUAAAUCUAAGGGAUCGGAGAGAAUAUGCAUUUCUUGUGGGAGACUCGGCGUUUACCCGCCGCCACGUCCGAGCCGCACACCUCCAACCCUUUGUCGUCCAUUUUUCCCGAAGACACGGAAAAUCCAGCAAUAUCAUCCACAUUCCAUGCACAUUUUCGACCGUUUGACUUUCCUUACGCUUAAGUGGAUUUCGGUUCGGCUCAAGUUCGCUACUGCACGCUUAAACGGUUAGCGAAGCCGCUUCGGACAGUUUUGGUGCGACAAGUAUCCGAGUACCUUUGGAGUCUUGACGAAUGGUUACGGCUAC